AUGCUCUCGUCCAUCUCCCGCCGCUUCGCCUCGACGGCGACGUCCGGGGAGAUCCGCGACGUGGUCAUCGUCGGUGGUGGCGUCGCGGGAGCGGCGCUGGCGUGCGCGCUGCGCAGGAACGAGGCGACGAGCGACCUUCAGGUGAUGCUCGUCGACGCGAAUGAUUCGAUAAAACGACCUCUGAAGGACGCCAAGCCCGACGCGCGGUGCGUCGCGCUCACGCCGCGAUCGAGAAGCGUGCUCGAUGCGUGCGGACCGCGCGUGUGGGCGCGGAUCACGGAGAAUGGACGCGUGCGGGCGUUUGAUAGCAUGCAGGCGUGGGACGGCGUCGGCGGCGGACACGUGAGUUACGCCGCGAGCGAGCUCGGGGCGGAAGCUCUGGGGCACGUCGUGGAGAAUUCAUUAAUUUUGGAGGCGUUGGAGCGGGAGAUGGAGACGCUCGGGGUGGAGCGCGUCGGGAAGGCGAGCGCGUCGGAGACGCGCGCGCCGAGGGAGAGCGAAGCGGGCGCGUUGGCCGAAGCGAAGAUUUCAGUCGAUGAGGACGGGAAAACGCGGGAGUUCGACGUGCGAGCGAGGUUAAUCGUCGCCGCGGACGGACCGAAGAGCGCGGUGCGGAAAAGCGCGGGGAUUAAGAUUGCGGGGUGGGGGUACGGGCAGCGAGCGGUGGUCGGGACGGUUCGCACGGAUAGAGCGCACUCAACGGCGUGGCAGAGGUUCUUGCCCACGGGGCCGAUUGCGUUGUUACCCAUCGGUGAUGGCACGUACUCCAACGUCGUCUGGACGACGACGCCGAGCGAGGCGAAGCGAUUAGCCGAGGACGUGAGCGACGAAGAGUUCGCGCAAGAGGUGCACGAUGCGCUUCAAGGUCUGGGGGCGUAUAAAUCACCGUUUCAGGAGAACUUCGAUCGAUUCGCGACGUUGCGUUUCUUUGAGGACGCGGUGAAUCAGGCGUACAAACCACUCGUGCGCGUCACUCGAGAGACGGUGAGCCGGGCGGUCGGCGUCCCCGUCAUCGAGUCCGCCGAGGAGGAUACGUGCGCCGAAUUCGCCCCGAGAUUCCGGUACCCGCCCUUUGUCUCACCCGCGGGUACUGACACCAAGCGUGGCUCGUUCCCGCUAUCGACGCAUCACGCGCUGUCGCUGACCAAGCCGCGAUUGGCGCUCAUUGGAGACGCCGCGCACGUCGUCCACCCACUCGGCGGACAAGGAUUGAACCUCGGUCUGAGAGACGCCGAGCUCUUGGUGAACGCCAUCGCGCGCGCCCGCGAGCUUGGUCAGGACAUUGGAAGCGCCAGCGCGCUGGCGCCGUACGCCAGAGCGAGCGUCGCCGCGAACGUGCCCAUGAUGGCCGCUCUCGACGGUUUACAAAAGCUCUUUAGCGCCGAGACGUACCCGGUGACGUUCGCUCGAUCCCUCGGUCUCGCCGCCGUCAACGCCACCGCUCCAGUGCGUCGUAAAAUAGCCUGGUACGCCAUGGGUGGCGCGUGA